UUUUGGAUAUUUUGUGUGCACAAUUUACUAAAAUGAACGCGACCUUGAAGACAAGCUUUCUGGUUGCUGUUUUGGUGAUUGUUGCAAAAGUGCAGCUAACCAUUGCAGUUGCCCUAGACGCCACGUGCUCCUUAGACUGCGACUGCACUGUGGCAAAUUCAAAAUGCUCUACUACGUGUGUUUGUGCCGAUGGUUUCACCAAAGAAAGUACAGUAUGUAAAGCAAACUACGGUACAGCUUGCACGGUUGACGGUGACUGUAUAACCGGGGGGAAAUGCGACCUCUUUAGUGAUCCCAAAGUUUGUGCUAUAAAGGAGGGUGACACAUGCAAUGGUGGGGGUACUGACAAUUCCGCCUACUGUGUCUCUAACGCCGCGUGCACAGGAACGAGCAACACAGUUUGUGCAUGCAGCUCAGGCUACACUGCAGAUGGAACUACGAACCUUUGUGUGGCGGACUUAGAUACCACAUGCGUGAGUUCAUCACACUGUUCCGCUGGCAUAUGUGAUACUAAAAUGUCCCCAGCAAAGUGCAAAAUCGAGGAGGCUGCCACAUGCAAUGAUGGCACUACUGACAAUUCUGCCUACUGUGUCUCCAACGCCGCGUGCACUGCAUCGACCAACUCAGAAUGUGCAUGCAGCUCAGGCUACACUGUUAACACUGUUAACUCAGAGAAACUUUGUCAGGCGGAUUAUGACACCGUCUGUGCUGCAGACACUGACUGCAUCGCAGACCAUGUGUGUGAUACGUCGCUGACAUCGCCUGUGUGCAAGAAGGAUCUUGGUCAAACAUGUACGAGUGGUCAAUGUGUAUCACCUGCAACAUGUGAUACGACUUGCAAAAGUGGUCUCGGGGGAGCAUGUAGUGCUGAUGUCCAUUGUUCAGCCGGAUUCUGCGAUACCUCGGUGACGCCAAACAAAUGUUCGAUCAAGGCCGCCGGGACUGGAUGUACCACGGACGACCAUUGUGUUGCAAACGCUCAGUGUACGUCUGGUUCCUGUGCAUGCUCAUCUGGCUACACAAACGAUCAUGCAACUCCAGCUUCAGCUAAAUAUUGCAAAGGAAGCGCUGGUACGACAUGUGUUACUCUGGCAGACUGUGACCAACUGACAAAUUUGAUCUGCGAUACAGCAUUGGCAACUCCGGUUUGCAGGAAAAAGCUGGCCGAUUGCUUCGCAGAUCAAACCAACUGUGUAACAAACAGCGAGUGUGGGGCAAGCGCCUGUGCAUGUAUGACUGGGUAUUCCCAAGACGCAACAUCUUUCGUGUGUGAAGGAGCAAUCGACAAAUCGUGUGCAAAUCAUGGAGGCUGUGACGCUGAUUCUGAUCUUGUAUGUGACAUAGGUGGAACAUCGACCUGCAAAAAAGGUGCAACAACAGCAUGUACUAGUGGGCAAUGUAUUACGAACGCUGCAUGCGAGUGCAGCGUGUGCGCCUGUAGCUCCUCGGCUACACUAUCAACAUCGGGCUUGUGUGAAGUGCAAAAUGGUGCAACAAUGGGGGCUUACAUCUCAGCCUUCUUACUUGUGGUCUGCCUUCUCGUCACGAUGCUGUAGGCUACCACAACGUCAUUCCCACCAUCACUUUUGACAAACCGAACAUCUAAGGGACAUAAUUGCUGCAAAGGAAAUGUUCACGUGCUUAUUGCAACUGAACUAACCUGCCUUAUUUCUAUACAAUAUUUAAUAUCUUUUUUCAAAUCAUGACACUUAAAAUAAAUUAAAAGUCAUCGUUUGUUUGAAUAGUAUUGUUCCACAUAAAACCAACUUAAAGACAAAACAACGAAAGUACAAUGAGCACACUGCAUCAUAAUUGUUUUAUCGUUUAUUCAUUUGCUGUGAUGAGUUGUUAAUUAACCAUUGGUAAACAUGAAGUUAGCGAGUUUUGAUAACCAUCGAGAACAUGAUAUUGACUGAAACAAUAUUUGGCGUAUUUUGUAUUUUAUAAACGCUACUUUUGCAUAAACAAAUUAAAUUUUACACAUCUCAAGUAUAGUAGAGUAUUAUAUCUUAAAUCUCAAGCUAUCCAAAAUGUAUACUAUAUGCCAUAUUAUGUGCCUCAUAUGUCGAUAUCGACUUGCAGACGACGUCGUUUGCAAAUAUUAGUGUUCCCUUUUUCGUCAAUAGCAACUGACCUUCAAGUAAACUGUUACAAUAGUAUGAAGAUAAAAUCACGUCAAGUAGUUUAAGAAUAAUGUUCUUAUUAGAACAAGCAGAAGUUGAUUGAAUGAAUGACGUCAAUUUACUGGGCAGUAGAAUAUGAACAGGCCGUGUGCCAGUAAAUUAAGGGAUGAGUGAUUUUGAUGAUAACUGUUGAUACAUUGUACUUGAAGGUUAGUAUUGAGUCAAGUGACUACAUAUGUUUUAAAGUCUGUUUUGUAUUGUUUUUGGACGACUGCCAGUGUAGCAGUCUUGUCAGUAACCAUUAACAGUUAACAUUGCAGACCAUACAUGUAGCUAUUGAAAACUGGAACAGCAAUAUAUUUUUGUGCUAUUUCGAAAAAUAAACUGUUUUAAACCA